AUGGCGGCGCCCGUGCUCAGAGUGUCUGUGCCGCGGUGGGAGAGCGGGGCCCGGUAUGUGGUGUGCGUCCUCGGUAUCGUCCUGGCCCUGUACGCCUUCCACGUGGAGAGAGAGAAGGAGAGGGACCCCGGCUACCAGGCCAUGUGCGACAUCAGCGAGCGGGUGCGCUGCUCCAGCGUCCUCUCCUCCAGAUGGGGUCGUGGAUUUGGACUUUUGGGUUCCAUUUUUGGAAAGGACAGUGUAAUGAAUCAGCCAAACAGUGUCUUUGGACUUAUAUUUUAUUUACUACAGAUGCUUCUUGGUAUGACAGUAAGCGCUGUAGCAGCAUUAGUGCUAAUGUCCUCUUCUAUAGUAUCAGUGGUAGGGUCCCUCUACCUGGCAUACAUCCUGUACUUUGUGCUGAAGGACUUCUGUGUUAUCUGUGUCGCCACCUAUUUGCUGAACUUCAUUCUUCUUAUUAUCAACUACAAACGACUAGUUUACUUGAAUGAGGCCUGGAAACAGCAGCUGCAGGAUAAACAAGAAUAA